AUGGAACUUAUGGACGCUUUUGGCAUUAUUGGUGCUCCAGCCCGCGCUGUCGCAAGGAUCCUCCUCUUCCUUCGUUACAUCCUCUACGGCUACAGUGCUCUCAACUCCUGGUCGCGGAACGAAUACCUACAGCGGCUUGAGAUACUGCUCAAUCACGGGUCUGACGAUGAUUUGACGAGUUUUCGAGACGCGCAAUUGGAUUCUUUUAGGCUUGUCGCUGUCGUCGGAGCACUAUUGGCUCAAACAGCGAUCUCCGCUCUCUCGCUGCCGCUUCUGGUAGACACGCAUGGCUCGGCUCGGGUCAUGUUCGUCAUGUCCCUGGGACUGAGCCUGUUAGCAAUCUUCUUUACUUGCGUGCAGCAAAGAGAGCUCGGUUUCGUUCGACGACCCAGUGAUAUAAGAGCAUGGCUUUCGAACGGGAUUAGGUAUAACGCGGCAGAUGGCAGUGAAGCAUUCCAAAGCUCCAUGGCAGCGCACCAUCUCCUCCAAUCCCCGCACGAGAUGAUGGGAGUGUCCAUCACGGUUUUCAUAGCAGGACUGGGGGUAUACCUUGGAAGCGCCUGGGCCAGGGAUUUGAAUCUAGGCGUAAUUAAUGAUGUGAGGCAAGGCAACGUGGCUGUUCUUGGAGCUUUUAUUGCUGUUAUGGGUUUUGCAAGUAUGCUCUUUGGAUUUCUUUUGGGGCAAAGGAGCGUUGAUAAUAGGAAGAGCUUAGGGUUGUUCGAAAGCCACGGUCGUAUCGAGAAGCGUGAGUAUUAA